AUGAAGGACAAGAGAAUCGAGGAAGGGAGAAGGGAUGGUAUAGAUAUGAAGGAGAAAAGAGGAACUCGAGGAGACGAGACUUUGGGCACGCUGAAAGUGAGUACUCACAUUGAAGACUCUACCCCCAGCAACAACAACGACGUCAUACAUGUCACGUCGCCAGCGCCUAUCUUUGUGCGCCCAGCACUCGUACCACCACCAGCUUUCACGCCAAUGCCACCAUCCACGACACCAAUGCCACCAUCCACGAUGCCGAUGCCACCAUCCUCAACACCAACACCACCAUCCAUGACACCAACACCACCAUCCACGACACCAACACCACCAUCCCAUCUACGACGCCAACACCUACGCGACACACUGACUCGCCAGCAUCAAGCAUACACGCUCAGACCACACCAGCGAAUGCUGGCGUGGCUUGAAUGCACACGGAAGACACCAGGAUGGAGCCUGCGCCCAACGUUCGCAGAACGAUUUGUCGCCCAACGUUCGCAGUAUGAUGUGAGUGUGUUGGUCCCGCAUCGAGCUCGAGCCAAGCUGAUCCAAGUCGUUUCCCACCGUUCGCAGCUUGUUGUCAGUGUGUCAAUCCCGCUUCAAGCUCGAGCCAUGCUGAUCCAAGUCGUUCCCUGCCGUUCGCAAUGUCUCAGAAGCCAUGAACUAUCUCGCAGGGCUAUCAAGCUCGUGGUCGCUUCCUACAUUGCCUCACCAGUGAGUGGAGAAGUUCACAUCAAGAUUCAAGAGUAUAAUAAGGGAUUGACAUUCCUUGAACGCGCGGAUCGCAACACAUUGGAUAAAAUCAUCGAGCUGAUGCAAUUCUAUAGCAUCAGUGCAGAAAGAAUUUCUGAAUUUCGGGAACAGAUUCCAGCUGUAGAUUUGUUCUCGGAUGAACCAUGGGAAGUUGAGAAUGCGUAG